AUUUCUUCUUUCGCUGUCACCUUGAUAAGGGUCGACAUAUUAGCAUGAUAAGAGAUGAUAAUGCAAGCUUAAGAUUGUCCCAUUUUUCAUCAGUGCUUCAUUUUAUAAGGUCGAGUGCCUAACAUUUAGGAGUUUCACCGCGGUGUGGACUGAUCACUUGAUUAUAUUCCAAGAAUCUGACUGUUUAUAUGCUUAUUAAUUGAAGAAGAAUUUGAAUAUAUCGAGCAGAAAAAUUGCAGUGAAUAAAACCGUUCUCAGAUACAAGAAAUGUCGUCAUUAAAAGAGAUCUGUGAAGGGAUCCCAGUGGAUCCACUUCCGGCAUGGCGGGAGAGGGACGAGACCGUGCCACACGCGCCUAUCAGGACUCCGGGACUCAGUCAUGAGGAGCGGAGGCUAGCUCUGAGGAACGCACUACGGUAUUUCCCUCCAAAUGUGCAUGAGACACUGGCGCCAGAAUUCGCAGACGAACUGAGGGACUAUGGACACAUUUACAUGUACCGCUUCCGACCGACUCUAGAAAUGCGUGCGUAUCCAGUGGACGAGUACCCGGCACAAUGUCGCCAGGCGGCAGCCCUCAUGCACAUGAUCAUGAACAACCUUGACCCCCGAGUGGCCCAGUUUCCGCACGAGCUGGUGACUUAUGGGGGCAACGGUCAGGUCUUCUCUAACUGGGCACAGUUUCUGUUGGUGAUGAAGUACCUAUCUGAAAUGAGCGACCAGCAGACGCUGGUGUUGUACUCCGGACAUCCGGCGGGCCUGUUUCCCAGCAACACAGAAGCGCCACGUGCUAUCAUCACCAACGGAAUGGUUAUUCCAAACUAUUCGUCGCGUGAGAUGUACGAAAAAAUGUUUGCCCUAGGAGUAUCAAUGUACGGCCAAAUGACAGCUGGAAGUUUCUGCUACAUUGGGCCGCAAGGAAUCGUGCAUGGGACCACGCUCACCAUUCUAAACGCGGCACGAAAACAGCUGGGAACCAGUGAACUCAGGGGCAGGGUGUUCGUGACCUCUGGACUAGGCGGUAUGAGUGGUGCUCAGGCGAAAGCGGCCGUCAUCUGUGGAUGUGUGGGCGUCAUAGCAGAGAUUUCCGGCGAGGCCCUCCACAAACGCCACCGCCAGGGCUGGUUGCUAGAGGUGACCGACAGUCUUGACAAGUGCAUUCGUCUGAUAAGGAACGCCAGGACAGAGCGACGUGCUACCAGCAUCGGUUACCAUGGACACAUUGUGGACCUCUGGGAGAGGCUGGUGGAGGAGUUCGAGCGGACAGGGGACCUGCUAGCAGACCUCGGCUCCGACCAGACUUCCUGUCACAACCCGUACCUGGGUGGGUACUACCCGGCACAGAUCUCGUAUGAAGAGUCUCUGGAGAUGAUGCACAAAGAUCCGGUAAAAUUCAAAAACCUUGUCCAGGAAAGCCUCCGUCGCCACAUCGGCGCUAUUAACAAACUGGCUGACCACGGCAUGUACUUCUGGGACUAUGGCAACGCAUUCCUUCUCGAGGCAGGCAGGGCUGGCGCGGACGUGGGUCAGAGGACCGGACUGAACGGCACGUUUUUCCGUUACCCCAGUUACGUACAAGACAUCAUGGGCGACAUCUUCUCACUAGGCUUUGGUCCGUUCAGGUGGGUAUGCACUAGCGGUGAUCCCGGCGACCUUGACACGACCGACGAGAUUGCAACCACCGUGCUGGAAGACAUCAUCAAGCAGGGAGUCAAGGAGAAUGUCCAACAGCAGUACGAGGAUAACAUCAAGUGGAUAAAGGAAGCAUCGAACAAUAAUAUGGUGGUGGGGUCUCAGGCUAGAAUCUUGUAUGCAGACGACAAUGGAAGAAUCGCCAUAGCAACGGCUUUAAACCAGGCUGUCUCCGAGGGAAAACUAAGCGGCCCCGUGGUAAUAAGUCGGGAUCAUCAUGACGUCAGCGGCACUGACAGUCCCUACCGAGAGACGUCCAACAUUUACGACGGCUCGGCGUUUUGCGCAGAUAUGGCGGUACAGAACUGCAUUGGCGACUCUUUCCGUGGCGCCACAUGGGUGGCCCUCCAUAACGGCGGGGGAGUCGGAUGGGGAGAGGUUGUGAACGGGGGCUUUGGCUUGGUCCUGGAUGGCACCAAUGAAGCGGCAGCUCGGGCUAGAAGCAUGCUGUCGUGGGACGUUUCCAACGGAGUCGCCAGGCGCAGUUGGGCAGGAAACUCAAAAGCGAGGGAGACAAUUUGUAGAAUAAUGGGAGAGAACUCUGCAAUGAAGGUCACGUUACCAAAUGCAGUCGAGAGUGACGACAUCUUGGACCGAGCCCUCCUAAAUUAAGCUCGGAUACCGUUUGGCGAAAUCACUCGGAAUAUUGUUUUAACUGCAUGUCAAACAUGCGUAUUUCUAUGUAAGGAUCUUUUUCAGUUUGGCAAAAUGUCAAUUUAAAGUCAUAUAUCCAAAGAAGAAUAUUCGAAUAGGGUAAUAACAACUCAUGAUUGAGAAAAAUGUUUAUAAUAUGUCUUUUAUUGAUAAACUUUAUUCCAAAGUAAUGAUUCGCUUGUAACGCUGUUAAUUGGUUAUUUAUUAAACAAGUGUAUAACCAACAUAGCCCUUAUACUACCAUAUAAUCACAAAAGCCUGCAUGGUGUAUGGUAGUACAUUAGCUGUUGCUUCGAUAGUACCACUUUGUGGUCAUCAGUACAGGAACAUGUUUCAUUUUUUGAGCGGUUAUACUUAUUUGUUAUAAUUAUUUAUAACUAUUCCAAUUAUUGCAAUUCUAUAAUUUAAUUCUUUUAUGACUUUCUUCAAAUACAUGAAAAUCCUUCAACAAUGCCUUUUAAAUGUAUUGGUGAUUUGUUAAUAAUUUUUACAGUAUGAUUGAACUUCAGUUUAGUAAGACUUAUCCAUUUGUUCCUCCGUAUUUCACUCACAUAAGUACACAUGCAGCUAUGAUCUUUUACAACAAUGUGAAUGAGACAACUAUGUACUAUAUGAAUUCAGAAUGAAUAAUAAACAGUGAUGGAUCAUUCUGUCACUGAAAUAAAAAGCCAAAUGCUUAA